AUGGUACGGCAGCUUCAGGAUGGGAUGAUGGCGCGCGUCACGGGCAACGGAGCAAUCAACGAGGCAUUCGCAGUGACCAAUGGAGUGAUGCAGGGCUGCGUCCCCGCGCCUGCACUCUUCCCUCUCAUGUUCUUUUCCAUGUUGAUGGACGCCUACUGUGAUAGGCAUCCCGGGGCACGCAUCGCCUACAGAACCGACGGGCAUCUUCUCAACAGCAGGCGCAUGCCGGCGCGGAUGAUGAUAUCCACGACGACCGUUCACGAUCUGCUCGUCGCCGACGACUGCGGGCUCAGCACCGCGACCGAAGUGGACAUGCAAAGGAUCAUGGACCUCCUCACCGACGGGUGCGUCUACUUCGGUCUGACUAUGAACACGGAUAAAACAGUGGUCAUGCACCAAACGUCACCCAAACCGCUACACUGCCCUUUUCUUCGAAUUACUGUCGACGGUCACCAAAUAAAAACCAUAAAUAUUUAUAUUUAUCUCGGAAGCACACUUUCCAACGGCCCCAGAGUUGACGAUAAAGUUGGCCACCGGAUCUCCAAAGCCACCCAAGCCUACGGCAGUCUGAAGAACUUUGUGUGGAAUCGUCACAGCCUCCAACUGAAUGCCAAACUGAUGUGCAGGGCCGUUUUCUUGACGACACUUGUCUACGGACAGAGACUUGGACCGCCUACUCCAACUAUGCCAAGAAACUCAAACCUAUUCAUCUCAACUGCCUUCGCAGAAUACUAA